CAUGGAAUCUUCACUUUUCCUCCGCCACGGCCCUCUGCCCCCUCUCCGCCUACGCAUCCCUUCCCCUGCAACGGUAACAAUCCUUUCAUCUCUUCCACUCACCAACACUAAAACUUCAAUUCUUCACCGCCCACUUGGGCAUGGCUUCGGCCCUGUUUGUGCCAUUAAUGGGUUCCCAAAAGCUUCAACGAAUGAUGAUGGGAAGCAAAUUGUGAGAGAGAGUGUAGGGGCGUCUCUGGCUCUGGCUUGUGUUCUUGGAAUAAUCAGCUGCGGUUGUACGAUGAGUCCUCCUGUAGCCAUUGCAGUCAAUAGGGCUCAGAAAACUAUAUCGAUGCCAGGAUUUUCACAUAUAUACCCGUUGGAUGGGAGGGUGGCGCUGAAAUCGUUGCUGGAUACGAGUGUCUACCUUGCUUCAAAACAGAGGAAGCCCAAAAAUCCUGUUUUGCCGUCAUGGGAAAGUAAGGAUAAGCCUACACCCAAACAGGUCGCUGCCAGUUUUAAGGAAAUGGCAAUGUGGCUAAUGAAAUCUGGGAAGAGUGAAGAUGCAGUGAAGCUUCUGAAAAAGGCAUGUAAGGACUGCUGGGAUUCGGAGACGAGGUUCAACCUGGAGCUGGCACUAGUUGAAGUUCUCAUCUGCCUGGGGAAAUAUCCAGAGGCCUUGAAGUGCGACUGCUUCCGGAGUUCAGGUGGCCCUUCAGAUGGUCGACUUCUUCUUUACCAGGCUAUUAUAUACACAAUGUUGGGUGAUAGGAAGGAGGAUGCAAAGAAAUGUUGGAGAGAAUACGCAAGAAGUGUUGAGGGCAUUGAAGAUUUCCCCAACCCCGAAGACUGGCCGUAGCAAUUCAUGUUGGUGUAUGGCCGAUAAAAGCAUUUCAAUUCCGAUAUUUCCUUAAUUCCGUUUUAACUAGAACUAUAUGCACUUCUUUGUUUAACUAUUUCAUUU